UUUUAAUACAACUGUUUAUUAUUAAUUAAAUAAAUUAUAGAAGAAUUUUGAAGUCCCCAGAGUUAGCGGGGAUCCAUGCUAGUUAUAUAAACAUCAAUUUACCCAUUAAUGAUCCAGCAUCAGCACAAAGAAGGCUGAUUCUAGAACCGGGUCAGCCAUUGUCCUUGUUUACUCUCUCUUGGCCGGGUUUUCUUUGUAAUCUCCGGCGAUUUUUUGGGUGCAAGCCACAAAACCAGCAAUUUUUUCUUCUUUUCCGAUGAUGGGGUCUAUGCUCGGUGACCUGCCGUCAUUUGACCCCCACAACUUCAGCCAACUUCGUCCCUCCGAUCCUUCUAAUCCUUCUAAAGUGGUACCUACCACCUACCGCCCCACACAUAGCCGGACUUCUCCACCUCCUGAUCAAGGUUCAAAUCACAACAAAUUGGUAUUGAAGUCAAUUAUUAGAAAUCAAUUGGUGUUGUUUUUCGUAAUAGCUUUUGGUAAUGCUAGCAUUACCAAGAGCUUUGGUGUGAGAAUGUCAUUGAAGAUGGAUGAAAAAUUCAAUGUUAGAAAAGUAGUCUUAUUACGGUUCUUUCUUGUUUCAAGUUUUUUUGAUUGGUUAAACUCAGUUUAUCAGUCUAAUUUCUAAGUGGAUUACUUUUAGCAGCUUCUGCUUCAAUGUGUUUUGGAUAUUUUUGGUCUGAAUCCUUGAAAACUGGGGUCGAGCAAAUUCUUGGAAAUUGAUUGGCUUUGUUGUUCAUAAUGUCUUUCAAUCUAGCACUAGGAAGAGUUUGAUGCGGGAUGAUGUCGAAUAUGGAUGUCAACUAAUUUGAUGGUAGAAAAGAUUUUAGCCUUUGUCAUGUAAAAAUAGAGUUGUUCUUAUCUCCUUCUCAAUAGCCAUUGUUGUGUAAGAUAAACUCUUACACGCCAAACGUUACAAUAUUUUUUACUGUCAAAUUUGUUAACAUCCAUCUUUGAUGUCAUCCUUUUACCCAAACACUUGCUAAUCUUAAGAUUAUCAAAAGCCAUGACGAAAUGAUUGUUAUUGCACCCGAACUCUUGCUAGUCUUAAGAUUAUGGAUAAGCUCACAGCACAAAAUGCCUCAACCGGAUUCCCAAGUGUUUCUCAUUAGCUAACGAUAGUACACAACUAAAACCUGACCCAAGAGACAAUUUACGAAACUUAAAAUCUUAUCUUUUCAUUCUUUUCAUUUUCACUCUCUCAUCCCUCUGCCAAAACCAAGCAUCAGUGCACCCCUACCAUCUUUAAUUGUCAACAACCAACUUCAUCUCCCAAUUGCCAACUUGUCUUACACUUUGCAAACUUCUUUAGUUGAAAAUUUCAGCUAGUUUCGAUAAAUAUAAAGUUACUAGUGAUUGAAAUUGCAUUAUGAUGCAAAAUGUCACAGCUCAUUGGCUAAAUCCUUGAGUUUUUAAGUUGAAUACGAUUUUUAGUUCACCUUUGAACAGCUUCUUUUUUUGAGACUGACUUCUGAAGCACUUUUUUACAGUUAUAACUACCGAAGCCAAGAA